AUGCUUUUAUUAAAGAGUAUUCCCUUGCUCUUGGUGGCAGCAGCCUACUCUGUGUCUGCCUGCGAGAUGGACUGUCGCAGAGGUCUUUCAAGAGAUUUCGCUGGAUUCUACGUGCCUGUGAUCAAGGACAGCAUUAGUGAUUUGCACUCACAGUUAACCAAAUCUAUCGAGAAGGUGUCUAUUCCUGCUGCCAUCACAAGUCAACUGGAUAAGUCUGAAUUAUUGGAUGAUAUCGAGGAAUCUAUUGAAACCAGCUUGAACGAGUUUGUCGCCUUGGCUACCUCGCAAUCUAGACUCGCUGAAGGCUUUUAUCAAGUCAUGUUCAACGAAGAGCUCCCUUACAAAGGUGAUUGUAACAACCCCAAGAGAUUGACCAGAAAGAUGCCUCCUCCUGGAGAGAGCUGGACCAUGGAUGAAUGUCGCAAGAUGGAUUACCGUUGUGGCAACCCUCCCUCUAUCUGCUACUUUUUGGAAGAUGUCAAGCAACGUUGUAUUGGACGUAUGCGUCGCCAAAUGACCGAAUACGCUUCUUUUGAUAAUGGUGCCCUCGUCAAGAGUUUAGUGAGAGAUACUCGCAAAUCCAUCUACGACACUCUUAGCAACAACGGUGUUGGUAAAUUAAGUGAGGAUAACCAAGUCGAGUCUUAUAUUGCCAAGCUCGUCAGUGCUACUAUCCGUACCUUGGAUAUGUGGGUUGCUGAUGAUGUGAGACAAUUGUGUGAAAAGCCCUCUCAAAAGGAACUUUGUAACAGUUGGGAUGAUGCUAUCAGAAAGGAGAUUCUCAAGUGGCCCUAA